AUGACCAAUAAGAGUGCAAAGGCAGACUUCAUUCUGGUGGGCUUCUCGAACCAGCCUUGGCUGGAAAAGAUACUCUUCAUGGUUGUCUUGAUGUCUUAUCUGCUUACCCUUGUUGGAAAUACAGUAAUUAUUCUGAUCUCUUCCAUAGACCCUAAACUCAAGACACCCAUGUACUUUUUCCUCACUCACCUCUCCCUAGUUGACAUCUGUUUUACCACCAGUAUUGUCCCUCAGCUGCUGUGGAACCUCAAAGGACCAGCCAAGACCAUCACAUGCCUUGGUUGUGCCAUUCAGCUGUAUGUGUCCUUGGCACUGGGCUCCACUGAAUGUGUUCUCCUGGCUGUAAUGGCUUUUGACCGCUAUGCUGCAGUUUGCAAACCUCUCCACUAUCCAGCUGUGAUGAACCCACAGCUGUGCCGGGCUCUGGCAGGGGUCGCAUGGCUAAGUGGAAUAGGGAAUGCCCUCAUCCAAGGCACUGUCACCCUGCGACUGCCUCGCUGUGGACACCUGUGGCUCCAUCAUUUCUUCUGUGAGGUACCCUCCAUGAUUAAGCUUGCAUGUGUGAAUAUCCAUGCUAAUGAGGUCCAGCUCUUCGUUGCUUCAUUGGUCUUGCUCCUCUUGCCCUUAGCACUGAUACUGAUGUCCUAUGGACACAUAGUCAAGGCAGUUAUGAGGAUCAAGUCAGUUCAGGCCUGGCACAGAGUGCUGGGGACAUGUGGAUCCCACUUGAUGGUAGUGUCCCUCUUCUAUGGGAGCAUUACAGCCGUCUAUAUCCAGCCCAACAGUUCUUAUCCCCACACUCAUGGGAAAUUCAUUUCCCUCUUCUAUACUGUAAUGACCCCGACCCUCAAUCCACUCAUCUACACACUGAGGAAUAAAGAAGUGAAAGAAGCUGUGGAAAGACUUUUUCACAGAGACCUGGGUACAUAA